AUUUUGAGUUUAUUUUCAGGAUGAAUAACUCAUGGUGUCACACUAAACGACAAGAAGUGAUGAGUGUUAAUUUUAAUGGAAGAUGACAGGGGCGAUGAUCUGUCAGACUCGUUCUUGGCUAAGAGCAAAGUCUGUACUGGUUCCGGAUGACUGGUUGGAUGCCUGUGUGGAAUGGAUCACGGAAGAAAACCAGGGUAACACAAUCACGCUGUCGCGGAUCAAUGAACUCGUAUUUGAACAGUGGCUAUUGGCAGAUCUCCAUGAGCUGGGUACUCAUUGCUUACCAAAUGGACUUACAGAGGCUAUGAAAUACCAGCUCUCAGGCUCCUAUGCUCUCCAGAUUGACUCCAUGGUGGAUGUGGGAAAGUCAUUUUACUCACAGCUACAGAAACUACAAGGUACCGAAAAUGCCAAUGCGGAGGUGUCUGCUGAAGCCAGUGACCAAAAACCGUGGGAACCCAAACCUUCCCAGAUGAUGAUGUUGAACCUGACUGAUGGCACUAGCAACAUCAAAGGCAUGGAGUACAAACCUAUAACAUGUCUGAACCGGAAACUACAGCCUGGCACAAAGGUGAUGGUCAAUGGUUCCGUGCUGUGUAGGAGAGGGGUGUUGUUUCUGACUAACAAUAAUCUAAAAGUGCUGGGAGGUGAAGUGGACACUCUCAUUGAGGAAAAUACCAAGAUCAAAGUCUUACAGGAGGCACUGGAUUCAAGUAUGCAGAGCACUGGCAGUACACAUAGACAGGAGUUUAGUGACACGGACAUCAAACCUAGCAAGCUGUCUGGAAGAAAUUCAGUCGUACCUCGCAACAAUGUCGGAGGAUCUGCAACCUUAAACAGGAACCAAUCAAAUCUAGGCUCUUCGACUGCUAGACCUGUCUCUAGUACCAAAACAUCAGUCAAUGAUGCUGUCCUAGACGAGUGGGACAUGGAAGAUUUGGCUAUGGAUGAGAUGAUGGAUGAACUAGACAGUAUGGAGAUGACACAACCUGGUAAUCUCAACAGUAAUACCAGCAAGGUCAUACCAGACAAAGUGACAACCAGCCGCGGUCAGUCCUCCACUACAGCACAAAACAGAAAUAAUAAUGUCUCCACCACUGUCCCACACAACAGGAACUCUUCGGCCCACAGUGGAUUGUAUACAAAUGGACUGAAAGAGGAAAAAUUCAGUCAACCAAAUCACAAUGAAAAUAUUACCUUGAGGAAUCUGAUUUAUGAAUCGAGAUCAGGAAGUAGGAAGUCUUCUGGAGAAAUGCCUAAUAGGAAGAGGCAAAAACUUAGUGAUAGUUCUAAUGUACAAGAGGCUUCAGUGCUAUCAAACUAUGAUUCCAUGUUUAAUGAUGAAUUUGAGGAUGAUUUUGAAGAUAUUCCAUCUUCAAUUGUUGAGAGUAAAGGUGCUAAGAAUUCAAAUACAAUACUCAAACCAGCAAGUAAAAGUGAAUCGGAUUCAUGUGGAAUUUCUGUUGGAGAAAAUGCUGGUGAAAAGGUUAAAAAAUUGUUAUCUCCCCUUGAAACAAACUCUCAAAAUAUUCAUAGGAGCCCAGUGGGCAUAGGUGUUGGGAUAAGUGGUAAAAAGUCUUUGUUUUCAAACUCAACUGGAACAUCAGUUAUUGACAGUGCAAAAAAUGUAGCAGUCAAAGUAGAACCUCCCUCGCCGGUCAGUACAGUAUGUCCUAUAUCUGGUGUGGAUAAGAGGGUCAGAAGUGACCAGAUUACUAUGGACAAGUUUGUAAGGACACCCACCAUUGGUCAGAGGAGUAACAAAUCCCCCGUUGGUCAAAAUGGAAACUUGGCAAAAAAAAUUGAUGGACAGAAAAAAUUAACAGACUUCACUUUGGUAAAACCUUGUUAUGGGGUUGAUGCUGAACCAUUUACCUACCUGGCUAUUGUGAAGAAACAACUGACCCCACUGGACAGUGUUACAUUCAAAGUCAAGGCCUACAUCUCAACUCUGAUUGGUCGACUGGACAGCUCUGGUGGGAUAGUAUGGAAACUGGCCUGUAAGAUCAACGAUGGAUCAGACAGUCUUGAUGUGGACCUUUCCGGUGGUGUCUUAACAAGUCUUAUUGGAUUUUCAGCUCCUGACAGCAUGGUGAUGAAGAAAAGAGCUAAACAUGACCCCAGUAUCAAGGAUAUACUUGUUGAGGGGAUUCAACAGUGUCAGCAGAAAUUGAUAGAGCUUCUCUGUAUCAUGGAGAUACGGACAGAUCCCUCUAAAGCCAGGCCAGAGGUCAUAGCCCUACAUGAGAUGACCCCUAGCAGGAUCAAUGCUCUCAGGACAAGGGUCACUCAAGUCAUCGACAAUAAAUAAUAUGUUAUCUGUU